UAUCCCCUUCCUGACGUGUCCGGUUUUCUGUACCACGUUACAUGCGGCCACUAUCAACUACCAAUACAACUAUAAGCCCCUGUCUACAGGUCUAUUGUCUUCGGUUUCCGCCUGCAGAACCCAUCAGCUCCAAUGGGGGUGUUCUUCGUAUCCUGGGAGCUAUGGCAGCAAAUGACCUUCUGCCUAGCCGCCGCCAUCGCCACAGUCUUCUUCAUAGGUUACGUAAAGCUCUGCUGGACCAACCGUUACCUCAAGAGACAAGAGGCCCUGGACGAGGAGAGGCGCAUCCGGUUGAACCAGAUGCGCAAGAGCGGGCUCUCGUCACGGAGUGACAUAGACAUACCCUUUGGGAUCCGAGCUAUCGAGGGCGGCGUCACUGUGGACGGCAUCUGGAUUUGUAGCACUUCCGUUCCCCUUCAGAGCGGCAGCCGGGCUCAUCAGUCUCCGCCUCCUCACGUCUCUGUUCAAGGACAUACUCCCAGGCUGUAUCAACCGCCUCACCCUCAACGUAUAGGUCAUACCCGGUCGAACAGCUGGCAGACAUCCCAGGCCCAAGUGCCCGCAGUCGCCUCGACAGACUCCCGAGAGGAACCCGACUUGCGGUCGUCAUCGCGGCCGAGGACGAGUUUUUCGGCGGGUGCUACGAAGCUACACAAGAACCCGCCAAGGUCGACACAUCGGUGACGAACGACGAACGACGGACGAUGAACGACGUGGUCCCCUG